CUUCGAUAUAUAGCUACCAAAGUCAUGGCAUACUUGUUAGAUAAAAAGCUAUCAGCAGUGUUUGAAGUCUUGUUAAGAAUUGCAAUUGCAUUGAUUCCCUUAUCCCAUUUUGCUGCGUUUGCUUUUGCUAACUCCACAACUUCUUUGGUGUCUGCUGCUGCUGCUGGAGACGUAGGAAAGGAAUGGAAGGAAGCAGAAGCUCUUCUUAAUUGGAGAGCUAGUCUUGACAACCAAAGCCAAACUCUCCUAUCUUCUUGGGGUGAAGGCAGCCCCUGCAAAUGGGUUGGAAUUCGCUGCGACAAGGCAGGAAGUCUCACCGGUCUAAACCUUUCGAGUUUUGGUUUGAUAGGUACGCUUUCCAACCUCAGUUUCUCAUCCUUUCCCCACCUUCUCGCCAUUGAUCUAUCAUGGAAUUCUCUUUAUGGAAAUAUUCCUGACCAAAUUGGUAACAUUUCCAAACUCACCCUUCUCAACUUGGCUCACAAUGAUCUUUCCGAAACUAUUACUUCAAGCAUUGGUAGACUUUCUAGACUCUCCUAUCUUGAUUUUUCUAGCAAUCAGCUUUCUGGAAGAAUUCCAUCCGAGAUAGGUCUAUUGAGGGCUCUACUUUCCCUUGCAUUGGACACAAAUAGUCUCACAGGAUCCAUUCCUACUUCUAUAGGAAACUUGGGUAACUUGUAUGAGCUUGACCUUUACGACAACAAACUUUCUGGUUCAAUUCCAACCACUAUUGGAAACUUGACUAAGCUCAUCAAUUUGAAAUUGAUGGUGAACAAACUAAGUGGUUCCAUUCCACCUGAAAUUAAUAAUCUUACCAAUUUGAGAAAUUUGGUACUAGGUAGCAACGAAUUUACCGGCCAUUUAUCUCAAUAUAUAUGUCAUGCUGGAUCACUUUUACAUUUUUCCAUAAGCGAUAACCAUUUUACAGGUCCUAUCCCAAAAGGUUUGAAAAACUGCACCACUCUAACCAGGAUUAGGCUUGAUGGAAACCAACUAGUGGGAAAUAUAACUGAGGAUUUCAGCAUUUACCCGAGCUUGAUCUACAUGGAUUUGAGUUAUAAUAAUCUUUAUGGUGAGCUUUCAUCAAAGUGGGGGCAGUGCCAAAAUUUGACAAGCCUGAAAGUCUCCAACAAUAAAAUUUCAGGCAAUAUACCUCCCGAGCUUAGUGGGGCAACUCAGCUAGUUGAGCUUGAUCUCUCAUCAAAUCAUCUAAUGGGAAAGAUUCCAAAGGAACUAAGGCGCCUAAAGUCAUUGAUCACACUUCUGUUGAGUGAUAACCAAAUUUCAGGUAAAAUUCCUUCAGAAAUUGGAAUGCUAUCUAGGAUGAAAAAUUUGAACCUAGCGGGAAACAAUCUAAGUGGUUUGAUUCCCAAAGAACUUGGGGAUUGCUCAAAUUUACUAUUCUUAAAUAUGAGUAGAAAUAUACUUGAGGGAAGUAUUUUUUCUGAAAUAGGUAGACUUAAUUCUCUUGAAAAUCUUGAUCUGAGCAUGAACGCCUUGAUAGGAAAGAUACCACCACAGGUUGGAGACUUGCCACGGUUAGAAAUAUUGAACAUUUCUCACAAUAAUCUCUCUGGUUCCAUCCCAUCAACUUUUCCUGAUAUUUCAAGCUUGACAUCUAUUGAUAUAUCCUACAAUGACCUAGAGGGUCCUAUUCCCAACAUAAAAGCCUUUCGCGAUGCUCCAAAUGAAGCAUUUCAAAAUAACAAGGGCUUGUGCGGUAAUGUCACUGGUUUGAAGGCCUGCCCACAAAUGAUUCAUAAUCCUUUACAUAGAAAUUAUGUGAUAAUAAUUUUAGUCCCACUUUUGGGCACUUUGUUUGUUGUAUUUAUCACAUUUCAAGUUUCACAUAAAUGUAGCCAAAGAGUGAUGAAGAUAGAAAACAAGCUAACAAGCACACAAAAUGAUGAUCUUUUUGCAAUAUGGAGCUUUGAUGGGAAAAUGGUUUAUGAAAACAUCAUUGAAGCCACAGAGGAAUUCAGUUCCAAAUAUUGCAUUGGACUAGGAGGGUACGGAAGUGUUUACAAAGUUGAGUUGCCAACAAGUCAAGUCGUUGCUGUGAAGAAACUUCACUCACUACCUAAUGGUGAGACACCCAAUCAAAAAGCCUUCAUAAGUGAAAUUCAUGCCUUAACAAAAAUAAGACAUCGGAAUAUUUUUUUGGAAGGAGGAAGUUUGUUACAGUUACUAAACAAUGAGGAACGAGCAAAAGCAUUUGAGUGGAUUAAGAGAGUGAAUGUUAUCAAAGGUGUGGCAAAUGCUUUAGCUUAUAUGCACCAUGAUUGCUCAACUCCUAUCAUUCAUCGUGAUAUAUCAAGUAAGAAUGUUUUACUAGAUAUAGAGUAUGAGGCUCAUAUAUCUGACUUUGGCACUGCUAGGCUUUUGAAGCCCGAUUCUUCCAACUGGACUACACUUGCUGGCACCUAUGGAUACAUGGCUCCAGAGCUUGCAUACACAAUGGAAAUUAAUACAAAAUGCGAUGUAUAUAGUUUUGGAGUGCUGACUUUAGAAAUAAUCAUGGGAAAGCAUCCAGGAGAUCUCAUCUUAUCUCUAUCACCAUCAACAACAUUUACAACCCAUAAUAUGCCACUGAACGAUUUGUUGGACAAACGCCUUUCACUUCCUACAAAUCAAGUUGCAAGUGAUUUGCUCCACAUUGCAAAUAUUGCGAUUGCUUGCCUGCACACUAGUGCACAAUCUCGUCCAACAAUGCAACAAGUUUCUCAAGAAAUAUCUACUCAGAAAGCACGUUUGGUAAAGCCAUUGCAGAUGAUCAAAUUAGGUGAAGUGGUGACCGUUUAA